CCUCGGCGCAGGGCUGUGGAGCAAGGGAACGUCCAGGGAAAUAUUGCAACAGGGAGCGUCACUGCACUAUCAAACGAAUUUUCCUCAUUUUGGAGGUUCUUUGCAUCUACUGCGACGAGUCCAUCAUGCCUGUACUAACGAGUCCGGAGAUCGCCGCCAAGUUUAAGGAGAAGUGGAUGAUGCUCCACCCUGAUGACCAGGACAAUAUCAACGGUUCAGUUAACCUGGAUGAUAGCCUCACCAGCCUGCAGUGGCUCCAAGACUUUUCCAUUCUGAGUGCUAACCUGGAGAGACCUCCCAGCUCUGGUUACCUCCCGCAGCACUUCUAUCACAAACACUCACACCCGCGAGGCACGGACUCGCCCGCUAGCCCACCCGCGGGAGACACGGCAGCUACAGGUAUGCCACAGAGUCUGGGAAACCCCAUUACUUCCAGCAGCACCUCGGCCAACGCAGGUGGUGCCAGCUACCUGCAUCAGCAAGCGGUAAACUUCGUUCACCACCGCCAGAUCGCAGCGCCCAGUCACCCGCCUGAGGAGAUAGACUAUAAAACGAACCAUCAGGUGAAACCACCUUAUUCCUACGCUACGCUCAUCUGUAUGGCCAUGCAAGCAAGCAAGCAAACCAAGAUCACCUUGUCUGCCAUAUAUAACUGGAUCACAGAGAACUUCUGUUACUACAGACACGCAGAGCCCAGUUGGCAGAACUCUAUCCGCCACAACCUGUCUCUCAACAAGUGCUUCAUGAAGGUGCCCAGGCAGAAGGAUGAACCAGGCAAAGGGGGCUUCUGGCAGAUCGAUCCUCAGUAUGCUGACAUGUUCGUCAAUGGUGUUUUUAAGCGCAGACGAAUGCCCGCUACCCACUUUAAUACCCAGAGGCAGAGCAAAAUGUCCCCUGUCCCUGAGUCGUCCCACACUUCUGCUGCCCAGGGGUAUCAAAAUGGCACCCAGCUGGGCAUGGGGCACUUCCACACUAGUGGAGAUUCUCAUCAAAGGGCAGGGCUGGGCAACAAACGCAAGCAGCCAAUGCCCAAGCGAAGCACCAAGCUGGCAAGGGGCUCAAAGUCACCUUUGUUAGCUGCUGAGGUGAGAGAAACAGAGGCGCUAAAGGGGGAUUUCGACUGGGCCUCUGUGUUCGACGACGUUUUCAACGGCAACGGCAGCAACUUUGAGGACCUGGACAUCAAUGCUGCCCUGAGCUCCCUGGGCUGCGAGCUGGACGUCUCCCUGCAGGGCCGCCACCCGCCAGCAGUGGGGAAGUGGUGCAGCACCGGGCUGGAGCAGGCCUGUAGCUACAUGGAAAUGGGCAGCGCCAUGGGCAACGCUGUGGGCGAGUCCCAGCUGCAGCAGACGCUGACCCACCCGCAGCACUUUGAGGAGCUGACUCUGUUCUCUGAGCAGCAGCGGCACCCGUGGGAGGAGCUGAAGGAGGAAGUCCAGCCCAUUCCCCUCAAUUUGGACCACAGCUUCAACUUUUGUGAGGGGUUCUUCUCUGAAAUGCAGCCGUGGGAGAGGGUGGAGUCUUACCUGUGACCCUCCGUCCUCCCCCUGCC